GUAAAGAGAACAAAAGAGCAUAAUUGAACUACUACGAUACUUAACUUUGGUUGGCAGUGGUGGGCUGACUACCACUUGGCACGUGCGCUCCCAUUCAGUUGCACUCUGAUAUUCCUUCUGUCAGCGCGCACCAGCCAAGGUCGCUUUCCCGCCUGUCCCUUUCUUGGUACUGAGACCUUAAAUUGAAUAUGGCUACAGAGAUAUAGCGAAAUCGUACUUUUGAAGCAGCUCUUGUGCGCGGUAAGAUGCGUAAAUGACUUAACUGUAAAAUACAGAUGUUCCUUUUUUUUUGGUCUGUGAUAAUUCUGACUUUCCACUUUCUGAUUAGUGUUACAAGUCAUUCAGUGUUCUCCUGAAACGGGUGUUGGCAAUGGCUCGAUAAUUUCUCGGCAACUUCUCGGCACAACUGGGACUGGAACAGCUGCAUCAGAACUUCAAGUUCCGGAAUGUUGCGAGUUCGAAGCUGUAUGCGCUGUUGAAUAAAAUCAAAUAAAACUACCAAGAGCAAUUCCUCAACUCUGAAAAUGUAAGUUUAAUUUCAAAAGUGUUUGUUAUAUUAUUUAUUUCUUUUUAAAGAAUAAGAAUACUAUUUUUAGACCAACUCGCUUAACGCGCUUGGAGCCUUGAUCGGGAGCUUGGAAUGGACUCCACAAAGAUGACUUUGGACCGGAGCCCUCUGCCUCCCAAGCCAAACUCUCUCCAUCCCGUGGGUUUACCUGCCUGCUCACCCAAACGGCGCUUCAUAAAGCUGGGGAGAAAACAAAGUGAUGGCUCUUCACAGUCAGGCUCCUCUGGUUCCAGUACCAGGUCAGCUGACAGUGUGGGCGUGGACGUCAUCAGACAGCCAUCCAGGAGUCGCAUCCGCCGUCAUACCAACCGCCUAUCUGCUGUGUUCCAGCGAGGCUCCGCCCAUAACGCCACCACCAUAGCCUUACCCGGGUUACCUGGCUUACCUAGCCACGGUCGGAAGGAGUUGAAGGACGGAAUAUCUCCUGGGGAUGCACCAAUGACAGACGACCCUGCAGAGCUGUCCAAUCAGAUAACGGCCCCAGGCAUUCUGAAGAUCUUUGGCAGUGAGAUCUGCCAGGGGGCCAACUACAAGAGCGUCCUGGCAACAACACACUCCAGUGCUAAGGAGCUGGUCAAAGAGGCCCUGGAGAGGUACGGUCUGAACAAGGAAGAGGCGGAGUCAUAUGUUCUCUGCGACUCCAUUGGCUACGUGGGCGACCACCAAUGGAGGACGGAAUGCUUCCGGGUCGUCGGUGACAAUGAGAAGCCCCUCCUCCUGCAGUCACUAUGGAAACCCAGGGAGGGUUUGGCGAGGCGGUUUGAGAUCCAGAGGAGAGCUAGUGUGGAGGAAAAGAGAUCAAGAGACAAGGACACGGUCACUGCUGGCAUCAACGCCCAGGCUCGUAAACUCCAGAAGAGCCGCUCUCGAGUCACCUCUGCCCUGAUCGAGGGGAGGAGUGUGUAUGUGACCUCUACCCUAGAGAGGGGUGUUUGUGGUGCUCAGAACCAAAAGGACAGGGGUGGGAGGGUAUGUGGGGGCCAGAACCAGUCUGAACGGGGGCCGGGCCUGUGGAGGAGCCAGAGUGAAGCAGACCUCUCAUCCCAAUCCACAGAAACACAACAGAAACACCAACACAACCCCACUGAGCCCCUUAGUCAGAACCCAAAUGAGUUCCACACUCCCAGUCAAGACGAGAACCACAAUCCGUGUCACAGUCAGAACCAUGAACAGAAUGUGGAACGGAAUCACAAAUGGAACCCCGAUCAGAACCUCAAACAUAGAGAUGAAGAGAGCUACGUUGACGCUAAUGUUUCCCCUCUGGAGGACCCUGGAUCAGAGACUUACACAGAGCCCCUCUGUCCUUCCCCUGAGACGGAGAGAGAGAGGGGGAGAGAGAGGGAGGAGACGGAGAGCAGUGACGAUAACGUAACACUUUACUCCAUUCACCCUCCCCAAGACUACCCCUAUCUACUGCUGCUACAGGGCUACAGCUACAGACAGGACUUCGUCAUCUACCUACUGAACGUUUCAAGCACUUUGAUUGGUCGUUGUAGUGGCGAAGACAAGGAGAGGUCAAAGGUUGACUUCCUGCUCUCUGCCCCCGACAUCCUGCCUCGUCACUGCUGCCUAUGUCGUCAUGACAACAACGAUAAAGGUUGUUCCACCGUCUGGCUCCGCCCCUUCCACAGCGCUAUGGUAACACGGAACGGGGAGACGUUGUCCAAAGAGGCGGAGCUUAGUCCAGGUGAUGUCAUCGGGAUGGGACGUCACUACCUGUUCUUGUUCAAGGACCCCACUGCCUGGGUUGUUAUGCAGAAGGUGAAGGACCCCACUUCUUCACCAGAUCCUACAGUCACUGCUGCCCCCGGGGUUCUGCCCCAGGCCACUACACCCGCUACUAGUAAAUCAGCACUCUGCAACACCUGCAUGGCAGCUAGGAGGGAAUCUAGUGGGACCAGAGAAAUAAGGUCUAGAAGGGCCACAGCUUGCCUAAAAGACCCUGAGGGUCGCGACCUGAACCUACUCUACGUUGUGGAGCAUGAGGAAACUGUCGUCAAGGAAAUCGUUGCCAUGGGGAGUGUCCAUAGAGACAAGCCGCCGUUGACUGUAGCAUUCCUGCUGAGUGUGUGUGUCGAACAUUCCGCCACACACCUCCAAACCUCAGAACUCCGCAGACUACUGCUGCUCAUAGCCAGCCAGUUCCAGAACGCCAUGUGGGAACACACCAAUGAGCUUGCUGCUAGUCAACCUGAAGUUCUCUGUAGUGAUCCAGAGGAGCAGCAGCCUCUCAACCUGGCAGAACUGGUCUCAGGCCUGCGUCCCCUGGUGGUCUGGAUGUCCAACGCCAUGGAGUUGCUGUAUUACAUCCAACAACAGCUUCCCCAAACACUGGCCUGGAGGUCACACAGAGAGCAGGGGGUGGAGGCAGAGGGAAAGGAACACAAUGACAAGGAGGAUGAAGAGAGGGAGGAGGAGUGUAUGGCCCUGUUGGAGAUGAGGCUGUCGUAUGUGAGGUCGGCCAGUGAAGAAGCCAUGACGGUUCUGGAGGAAGUUAUCAUGUUGACCUUUCAGCAGUGUGUCUACUACCUCACCAAGACUCUGUACCCUAUUCUGCCUAGUUUACUGGACAGUGACCCAUUCAGGGGGAGCAGUGGGCUGCUUCUCCCCGAGGAAAAUGAGCCGUUCCUGGAUAGCGGUGGUGUGCAGGUCCCUGGGGAGACAGACCAGGUCCUGGAGGUCCUGACAGAGACCAGCAGACUGCUACAGGACUGUCAGCUCCACAAUGAGAUCUCCUCUCAGCUCCUGGCCUAUCUCUUCUACUUCAUCAAUGCCUCACUGUUCAACACACUCAUGGAGAGAGGUGAGGACACACACACACACACACACACUCUCUCUUUCUACGUCAUCAACACUGAUCUUUUUGUGUGUGAAGGUUCAGAGGUUGAAUUCUACCAGUGGUCCAGAGGGGUCCAUAUCAGUGCUAACCUAGACCUGCUACUGGACUGGGCCCAAGGGUCUGGGUCUGGACUGGGAGACUUGGUUGUGGAACACCUCCACACACUCUCCUCUGCUGUCAACCUACUGGCCACGCCAAGGGAACAACUAAUGCAGUCCUCCUGGGAGUCCCUGCGGUGUGCGUUCCCCAGUCUGAGUCCAGCCCAGCUCCACCACCUGCUGAGGGGCUACAGCCCAGCCACACCCUGGCCCCCACACUGGGCCCCUUCUGAUGAGGAUCAACUAGCUACACAGAACACUGCUGAUAUCCUGGAGAGUUUUGACAGCCACCCUCCCCUGGUGCUGCCCAGCUCUGGUUUCAGCCUGGGGCUCAGGGGAGAGGUGACAGACUCAGGCCUGGCUGGACAGCUCAGGAGGUUGCAGGAGUUCAUCAGCAACCUGUCUGUCAAAGAGUCACCAGGGAACAUCACUCAUACGCACACGCAACAGGAUUCCGCUGUUCCCAUGGAAGCCAAGCUGACAAAAAUGGCAACUCUCCCAAAGGCCUCCCUGGAGUUUUUCGACUCCCCCCCCGCAGAGAAGGUCCUACCUCUGGCCUCUCUCUCCAGCCCCUCUCCCCCAUCACCCCACUCUCAAUUAUCUAUGCCCUCUCCCCUUCACCCUCCCCCCUCUCCCCCCCUGCAAAGCCCCUCUCCCCCAAGUGAUUUGAACUCUUGUGGGGCCCUGCUGACCCAGAAGCUGAAGAGCCUGGAGCUCAAGUUCAGAGAGACAGACCUAAGCCCCCUCACCCAGAGGAGGUCAGCCCUGGACCCCUCCUGUCUCCUCACCCCUCCUAACACCCCCCAUAGCCUGGAGCUGGUUGACCCAGAGACUGAGCAUCGGGAGGAUGAAGAGGAGGAUGAAGAGGUGUUUACUCUAGAGCUACAGAGAGGAGAUAGAGGACUGGGAUUGGCUCUGGUGGAUGCAAGGGACACAGCCUUGAAGCUGAGUGGUAUCCUGAUCCGUGCGGUGGUGCCAGACUCCCCUGCAGCACGCUGUGAGAGGCUGGGUCCAGGAGACAGGAUCCUGGCUGUCAAUGGAGUCAGUUUGCUGGGACUGGACUACACCAGUGGUAAGGAGCUGAUCCAGUCUUCAGGGGACAGGCUCAGGCUGCUGGUGGCCAGGUCAGAGUGGAGAGCCAUCACUAAAGUCAGCAUUUAGUACCCUAACCAUCACUAAAUGCUAAGUGGGCUUCAACAAGUUCCCUUCCAGGACAAGCGAUAAAGUGUACUUUGAGUACAGGUGUACUUUGGAGACAAGCAAUGAAGUGCACUUUCAGGACACAAGAAAUAGUUCUUUGAAAAUAAGCAAGUGUACUAUGGCCAUCUUUUCAGAUCCUCAUGAACACAAAGGCACCCAGCAGUCCUACAGAAAUUGUACACUGUGAUUUCAUGGUAUGGCUUAUCCAGCUCUUCAGUCUCUAAUAUGGAGAUACGUAUCCAGCUCUUCAAUAUAGAGAAAAUUAAUUAUUAAUAAACAUUUUAUGAAUCAUUAAUUGAUGUGGUUAUAAUAUUCCCAGAGGGCAUAGGAGUAUUUACACUGCUCGUUCCAUGACAGACUGACCAGGUGAAAGCUAUGAUCCCUUAUUGAUGUCACCUGUUAAAUCCACUUCAAUCAGUGU